AUGGAUAUCGAGAGAGGAUUAGAGCUACCACGCGAUUCUAACCUAGAAGGCCUGCCGCGUUUCCAAGGUGCACGGAGCAUAAAGUUGUCCACCGCAGUUGAGUCAGCUGCCGGAAAGCCAUUAGCCGGAGAGCCGCUGAGAAUUCACUGCUCCACCAAAUCAGGAAGGCUUGCAUUUACAAGAGGUUGGUAUGGCAUUGCUCGUUAUGCUAGCCUCAAAAGUGGGGAUAUUGUAUCGUUUUAUAAGGAGUCCCCUGUACGAGCAGUGACUUCAUCCACAGUAUGGGUGCCUGGAAAAGAAAAGGAUGGUUUGGCCCUUAAAGUGAAUGGUUCCAUGAAAAGAGACGGAGAAUAUGUUCAAGCCAUAUUAUGA